GAGAGGCGAGUCUGAGGAGAAAAACGUAAACCAAAUAUGGUGAAAGAGGGACAACUCUGGCAGAUCAGCCUACAAUGAAGUCAUUACCAUGAGAAGAAAAUGGAGAGUUUUUGUCUGUUUAACAGUCAUCUUUAUCCUGUUUGUUUCCUACAAAAUACUGGAGCCAGACAUCAAAGGGGAGAUAAUCCAGACAGAUGACAAAGGUCUUCCUGUAGCAAGGGAAGACAACUCUGGCCUAGUGAGAGAGAAGACUCAGAGAGACCCAGGGGACAUUGUUAUUGAGUUACAGAAAAAGUACAGACUAGAUUUCAACUAUCCCCUCAAAGAAUCUCCAUGGCGGGUGGCAGAAAAAAUGGUGAAGAGCCGAGAAAUACAUCCGGAGUUCGCACCAGAAAUAGGUUCUAUUCUCAGCGAAAUGGCCACACGGAAAAUUAUUUCAGCUGAUACAGGCUUUAAAGGGACACAACUCAAGCUCUCUUUGAUUCUGGAAGGAGGGCAAGUGGUAGCAUUCAAACCUAGAUGGUACAGGAGGGAGGACAUUUUCACAGAGACCCCAUACUCUGGUGCUGACAGACAUAAUGGUGAAAUUGCAGCUUUCCAUCUCAAUAGAAUCUUGGAGUUUAGACGAACACCUUUGGCAAUUGGCAGAAAGAUCAAUUUGAAAACAGAAAUUAUUCCAAAUGGAUCAGAACAGCUGCUGAAAACAUUUUUUGUAAAUGGUUCUAACACUUGUUUUUAUGGUAAAUGUUACUACUGUAAAGGGGAGGAAACCGGAGUGUGUGCAGAGGGGGACGUACUAGAGGGGACCGUAAUACUGUGGCUUCCAAAAUCCUUCCCCCUCAAAACUUACAGACACCCCUGGGCAAGAACUUACCGCUCUGGGAAACAAGCACAAUGGGAGAAGGAUCCAAAUUACUGCAGUGCUGUAAAAUCCAGUCCAAUAUAUGGUCAUGGACCCAGACUUUUUGAUUUGAUUGACACAGCUGUCUUUGAUUUUCUGAUCGGAAAUGCUGACAGACAUAGAUAUGAAACCCUUGGAAAUCAAUUAGAAUCAGUCUUUCUAAUUCUUGACAAUGGAAAAAGCUUUGGAAAUCCUUUCCAUGAUGAAAUCUCAAUAUUAGCACCUCUAUACCAAUGCUGUGUAAUCAGGUAUGAUACCUACAACAGACUACUCACCCUCAGUGAUGGAAUUUUAAGCCAAGUUCUAAGGAAUGUGUUAAAGCAGGAUCCAAUUUCCCCUAUAUUGACUGAGGAACAUUAUCAGGCUCUGGACAGAAGACUGAAGAUUGUUUUGGAGAAAAUUAAAACUUGUCUUGACAAUAAGCAAGAAAACAGAGUUCUAGUGAGAGAUAGAGGCUCAUGAUGACAGUUUUUCUUAGGUCAUUUUUUUUUAUUUUUAGGUCACCUGAGUCACUCAAGUGUCAUAUUAAGACCCAUUUUCCUUCCAUCAUUGUUAGAAGAUUUUAAUUUUUUCUUUAUCUUAAAAAAAAUUGUUUUCACUCCUGGACAUCUUGUAAUACCAUAUAGCGGGGUGCAUGUAUUUUUAGCGGGGUGCUGACUUUGGCUUAUUUUAGAGGUUUUGUUUGAAGCUGCUAAAAUUUUGAUUGCCAGAUUUGCACUCUUCUUUAUCACUACUGAAUACAAGGAAAAUCACUUAAAUAACUUUGAUUAGUCUAUUGUAUAAGCAAUAUAACUUGACAUAUUCAUGUCCAUUGGGUCCAGUAUUAAUGUCCUAGUGUACAGCUAGAUUUAUCAAAGAUGUCCAUUUUUACAAAAAAAGCAUUACAUCUUAAGAACUCUCUUUUGACUUCCUGGAACAUCAAAGAGACUAGUUGUUUGCAUGCUAGAUAUGAAAAUGACCUCUGCAAAAUUGGGUCAUUCAUAUCCUUUCAGUCAAAGAACGGGGCCCAAGGAUGAAAUUUAGCUGAUUAUCUAAAUGGAAGUGCAUUUAAUCAAUUAAAAUCCUCUUUUUUGCUCCUGGGCAUAUAGCAGGUGAGCUUUAUGAUUUGCAAUAUAUUUGAUGUAUAAGCAAAAAAGUCUUCAAGCAACAAUGGUCUCAAUCCAGAGUUCAGCCCCCUGGACGAGGCUAUGUUGAUGGUUGAUUACAUAAUGAGGUGAUGAUUAACAGCAAUUUUUUAUUACUGUCAGAAUGAUAAGUCAAUUAUUCAGAAAAUGGUUUUAAAAAAAUGUUAAAUCAGGAUAUGACUGGAAAGCUCAUUUAUGAUGUUUGACAUGAAUGGAAAAGUGAAUGAAGUUCAAUUUUUGUAGUAAUUUUUGUUAAAUUUGAUUUUUUGCACACUAAAAUAUCAUUAGCAGUUUUUGGUGUCUGCUUACUUUUUUAAGAAAUUCUCAUGAUAGACUUCUGUUUUUAGACAGAUAUUAGUACAUGUACUGAAAACAUACUUAAUUUUGCAGAAAUCAUAUUUUAACUCUUUUAGUGCAACAUCUUGUCUGUUAUUAUAUAUGAUUAAAUCAAAAACAUAUAGAAGCUUUGCUUCAAAUAUUAAUUUACGAUUAUGCUAACUAGUUUAUGAGGAAGAUUGCGCUAAAUUUUUAGUGCAUAGAUGUUCAAAUUUGAAUGAAAAAAUUAGGGGGGGAAUUUCAGUUUCAAUAUAUGUUUUACCAUGUGUUUAUAUUCACAGUUAUGGGCAUUUUAGUUCUUUUUACUUUAUUUUUGAAGACUGUUAUAUUUAUACCUGUGUUCACUUUGCUGUUCCAAGUAAGUCUAGUCACAAUCUUCAUAUCAUCUUUUCAUGAAUUGUUUUUUUCCCUUUCGAGAAAAGCAAAUAUUUGUGGAAGAGGUUCAUUUAUUUCUUAUUCAGUGUCGUUAAUAACCAGUUUAAAGCUUUUCUCUUCAUUGAUGAAAAAAAACCUCGUAUUAUAAUUAUCAUCGUUUGGUUAUUUUUUUUAUCAAUGAAGAGAAUGGUUUAAAACGUCAGGUGCCUGUAUGUUGUUAGUGUUGCCUGAAUGCCUGUGUUUUCGUCUGGUCUAUUAUUUCUUCUCGUAAUCAUAUCUUAAGGUAGCUAGUCCAAGAGUUCUCUUCUGACGAGCUGUGGUGUUUAAUUAGUUCCAUCUGUGAUUUGUAUGGUUUGUUUAGAGCAUUCAAAGCAAAAUUCAUCACAUUUCCUGAAUGUCAAAGCAGUUUGGAAAAUAUUUUCUUCAUCGUACUUCUCGACUUGAAUUUGGUGAGAACCAUAUUAUUUAAAAUAUUUAGUAUAUGAUUUUAAAAAACCUCAAGAAACCAUAUGCAUGGAUGAAUCGUGCUUUGUUCAUCUUUUGAGUGAUAUAAAGUAAAACAAGCUUAUAAUGAAUUGACACUUACAACAAAGUGAUUUUCAUUCCCCUAUUUUGAUUUUUCAUUUAUGACUUUUAAACAUACAGUAAAGUUAAUGGAUGAAUGACUUUAAAACAUAGUACAGUAAAUAAACUAAAUGGAUACAUGUUUUUGUUUGUUUGUUGUUUAACGUCCCAACACAAGGAAUUAGGCUUACAAUGAAGCAAAAUUAUCCGUCCCUGGCACUUCUUAAUAAACAUGGUUAAAUUAUAUCUUAUUUAUCAGCAUGAAUUUCUGCAUAGCUUGUUUGAAUCUUUUAUGCAUGGUAGUGUUUUACAAACUGUCAGAAACUUGUUUUCAUUUUUGAGAUCAGUUGUAUGCAAUGUUAAUGAGUUAAAAAUCAAAGAACCAAAUGUACUGAAAAGUUUUUAAGAUGCAUAUCACUUUGAAUGAUUUGGGUAUUUUAAAGUUGUACAUAUAAUGGGUGCACAUGUAUAAAAGUAGUGAAAACUGUUUUGUGUCAUAGAGAAUAUGCUUCUUUGGGGUUUUUUUCUGUAUCAGUAAUUGUGCCAAAUUAUAAAUGUUUAGUAAUUAUUAAAAAAAAAAGUACUGUACUGAUAUGCAUCAUUAUUUAAAAUGUAAAAUGUCAGAAGUGAUGUUUUGUUUUGUCUCCAGAUUUGUUCAGGUGACCUAUUGCCUUCUGUUUUCAUCCAUAUCAUUGAUAUAUUUUCAUCUAUGUCAUUCAUACCAACUUCUUUUCUGAACCUGCUGAACAAUUUUAAUUUUGAUAUCAUUUGAUUUUGCAUGUACAGUAAAGGGGGAACAAAAUUG